AUGGCGGGCGGGUUCCCCGCCUUCGGCUGGGAGGCGAACUCCGGGCUGCUGGUGCCCAGCCGGGGACGCAGGCAGGACUGGAGGCUGACCAGCAGCGGCGUGGGGCUGGAUUACGCCUCCCCGUUACCCUUCCCGCCCCCCUUUGCGCGAUCUACGAUCCACGAGCCGCUGCCGCCAGCCUCAGAGAAAGUUUGGCGAGAUGAGGUCCUUCCACGGCUGGCGACCACGACGCAACUCGCCCACGGCCCGAAGACCCACGGGGGACCUUUGGCGCAGCUCCGCCACCCUGUCGCAGCCAAGCACUGGACUGUUCUCUACAAUAAAGAUUUGAGAGAUAAGCUGAAGCAGAGGCCCUGGAGGUUCCCACUGACCAUGGCGAACCAGAAGAGCGAGAUGAGGGAUCAGUACCCUGGCUGGCCCAAUCUGCCACAUUAUCCCACCUUUCACACUGGACCGCAACCGUUUGGAUUGGCAGCUCAUCACGCUGAGGGGGCAUCCAAGUCUAUCGUUCCCAGCACCAGGAAUGAAGAGCUGGCAGGAAGACCCUUCUACGUCCGUGACAAAGCUGUUCUGCGUCUCAAUGACCCCUAUAUGUCCAUCACCACCCAAGAUUUCCGACCCUUCACACAGAAGCAACUACAACGUUAUUCCCAAAAGGAUGAUUUAAAACAGAACGGCCAGGGCCAAGAUACUCAUCCCCUAAUCCGGGUGCCUGGGCCUAUGCGGGAUGUCAGCCAGUUCCACCUUCACACAAGGGUACCCCGCCUGGCCCCCAACACAACUGCUGUGCCACACCGAGGCUUAUACAGCCUGACACAGGAGUCUUACCAACUUCCCAAUGACCCCCAGCGCACCUGGGACCGCUUCUGCCCAGUGGAGCAGCCACCCAUCAUCUCCUACAAGGCGCCUGGGGUAGAGGUCAUGUGUCUACCAGGCAUGUAUGAGACUGAGUAUAAGUGUUAUGGAAGUGGCAAACCCAUGCCAGUGUGAGAGCCAGGCACAGAAAUCACACAAGAGUUUCAGCCCCCUCUCUUCUUCCAUACAGACAGACACACACACUCCUUGUAGUGUUCAUUUUAAUGAAAUUAUUCCCUGUGUGUACAUGGUAUUUAGUGUCAUUGGGGGAGGGGAGAGCACAUUUUGGACUAUUUCAACUUACAAACAAGCUGGGCUGUGUGUGUGGAGGGGGGUUAAUUUGCGCUUUUGGCUUCUGGAAGAGGCGACCUGAGAAAACACAAAAGAAUGGUAUGAGCAAACUGAAGUGAACUUAUAUGGGGGAAAUGAAAUACAUGAACACCAGCAUUCCAGUGAUUUGAACCAGCUUUCCACAGGAGCAGUGCAAGAAAUGAACUGGCCCUCAAUUUUGACGAGCUGUCAUUUGGGGCUUUUAAUUAGCCUCCAUGUCUGGAAGCUCCUUGGAAGCAGCCGGUCUGACCACAACCUAGGGCAUCUUAUUGGAUGAAAUUGAUGAUCCGAAUCCUUUCCAUUGGGCUUCAGCUUUGGUACAGAAAAAGCAACAGCUGACUAUCUGUGCUGGUAGAACCCUGUUCUUAUAGACCUUCCCAACACAACUGCUGUGCCACACCGAGGCUUUUGAUACCAUCAGUUAUGUUUUUUUUUAAGGAUGCCUAGCUGGGAUUGGAUUGGAAAGCACCAGGCCGUGGUUCUGAUCUUUUCUGAAGGGUAGAGGCCAGCAGGUGGUGCUAGAAAAUGACUGGUCUUGUCUGGAGACUGGGGGAUCCUGCAAAGUUUCAUUCUGUCUCCUAACAUCCGUGUGAAACUGUAUAUAGGUAUCAAGUUUAUGGAGAUGCCAACCAGCUCUUCCUGAUGGAAUCCUACAGAGGAUCCGCUUAACGCGCCUGGAAUCCAUAUUGGGAUGGAUAAGGGCAAGCAAACGAAAGCUUCAUCCUGCCAAAAGGCGGGUCGUGUUGACCAGGCAAUUUGAACAAUUCUGUCACCCUGGGAAUUAUUACAGUGUCAGUCCAAUUUCCAUGGCUUCCAGUUCAUUCCUGAGCCCAAUUUGACAUGCAAGUUUGAUCUUUAAAUCCAUGAAAGGCUUGAGGGGGGUGAAUCUCCAACAUUAAAUUAUCGGCACUCUGGUUGCCUGGAGAGGCUACGGCUUGUAUUCUGCCACUGCCAGAAGCCCUUUGUGAGAAGGGGCCUUCUCAGUGGUGUAAUCAAGACUUGAACUCGCAGCCUAGGAUACAUCUGAUCCCCUCCCGGUUAGCUUUUCAAACGUUAUAAAUACCAUCCUUUUAUUGGGAAAACAUUUGAGCUGGAGGGAAAGAUAUUUUUAGUGCUUCAAAGAGUUCAUUAGUUUUUAACUUUUUAUUUUAAAUUUUAUAUAUCAGAGGGUACAUAAAAUAGUUUUAAAGCGUUCUGCUUUUUAUAGGGGAGCAUCUGUUUUUUAUUUUCUGUGCUAUUUCCUGUUCCAUUUGGCUUUUAUACUCUUGUGUUUUUAAAACAAUUCUACUAUUGUUUUAAAUUUUUUGUUGAUAGCUUCCCAGAGAGUACCACUGAAAGAAGAGAUAUACCCUUUAAAAAUGAAUAGCAGAGCCUAUACUACCGCUUGCCAGAUAUAAACAGAGAAACCCUCUAGUAUGUAUUAUUUAACCAUAUUCUGAACCCAGCCCCUUCCUGAAGUCACUAAAGAUAGCUUAACAGGCUGUUUCCCCAUUUUACCCACACUAAAAAACCCUGGAUGUAAGUAAGGCUGAAGGCCUGUGAUUUCCUGGCUGAGUAUACAUUUGAACUCAAACCUUCUUGGUCAGCAUUUUAGCCAUUACUCCGACUGGCCCCAGCUCUUUACAGCAAGCAGCAGCCAUGCCCUUUUGCUACAGGCCCAGGACUGUUCCAGGAACAGCAGGCUCAGCAGCUAGGGUGGGAGGGAAGGCACAAGGGCAGGGAGAGAUUUCUCACCUAGGUGAAAAAUCCUUCCCUGCCUUUACAGCAUCCUGCUAGGCACAGCCAAGAGCCACGGCCUUGGAUAAGAGAUGGAAGCCACCUACAGCCUGCAGGAAAAUCUGUUUGUCUCAUCUCCUGGGAGUGGGGGCAGAGAGGAAAGCCAUGUAUGCUACCCUUAUCUGGGAGGGGUGGCAAAAUAUAUAUAAAAGUGUGCAGUUAAAUGCUGUACAUGGCUAGCAGAGAACUAAGUUCAAUUCUUCCUUCAGCCAUAAAACUCUCAGGUUGACUCUGGGGCAGGUGCUCCUGUCACGUCUAACCUAUGUUGUAGAGUAGCUGAGAAGAAUCAGGAAAAACACACACCACCCUGAAUUCCUUGUAGAAAAGAGGGAAUGCAGCUGCAUUGAGAAAAAAAUAAAAGAUUCCAUUAUUAAA